ACCAGACAUUCCGUUUGGCUCUGUGAGUCAGACAGGCAUAGCGGUAGGAGACACUGCUACCUACACCUGCGAUCCUGGAUUCGACCUGAUAGGGUCACCAACUAGGGCAUGUACCCAAACUGAUCCCGACACAGCAGAUUUCAAUGGACAAGAACCAGUCUGCAGACCUCAAUGUGAACAGCUACUAGACAUUCCGUUUGGCUCUGUGAGUCAGACAGGCAUAGCGGUAGGAGACACUGCUACCUACACCUGCGAUCCUGGAUUCGACCUGAUAGGGCCACCGGCUAGGACCUGUACCCAAACUAGUAAUGGAGGUGCCACAUUCAGUGGGGAUGCACCAACCUGCAGACCUCAAUGUGAAAGGCUACCAGACAUUCAGUUUGGCUCUGUGAGUCUGACAGGCAUAGCGGUAGGAGACACUGCUACAUACACCUGCGAUCCUGGAUUCGAACCUGUGGGGGGCACACCCACCAGGACUUGUACCCAGAUUAGCCCUGGAGUUGCCACAUUCAGUGGGGAUGCACCAACCUGCAGACCGCUGUGCGAAGAUCCACCAGAGAUUGUCUCUGGGACAGUCACACCCACUGGCAACAGUGUUGGAGACACGACAACCUAUUCCUGUGACCCCGGGUUUAAUGUGGUGGGGACUACGACAUUAAUUUGUCAGCAGGUCUCGGCAUCGACAGCUGAAUGGAUGCCCGACCCACCUACAUGUGAACGAAUAACUGUUCGUUUUGCUCUUCCUUCUUACACCUUCACUGAGAGUGGCGUGCAAGGCUCCAUUGAUGUAAUUAGGACAGGGGUUCCCUCCUCCCCGUUCUCCAUACGCGUCACCGGAGGACCAAGUACCCAGCCAAAUAUUGAGCAGUCUGCCCCUGUAAUCAAUGAGCUCAUUACAUUUUUGGCUGGACCGGGAGCUCCGGACACUAUCACAAUAACCUUUCCUCUGACUGAUGACGACGUGGCUCUCGAGGAGAUAGAGCGUUUCUUUGUUGGACUAAUGGUGGAGAACCCCGACAGUGGAGUGAUCAUCACCCAGCCAGAGAGGACACAAAUCAAUGUCCUUGACGAUGAUGGGGUGACGGUGGAGUUUGGUAGUCCGGAGGCCAGUUUCAAUGAGAGUGACGGAGUGUACAGAAUGUGCAUCGUGAAGGACAGGGAAACGGCUCAGCGGGUGACUGUGCAAAUAACUGACACCCCCGGCACUGCUGACAGGAACCAAGACUACAGCCCUGUGCCACUGCGACUAGUUUCCAUAGAGCCAGACAACCUCAGGACCUGUUUCACUGGACUCAUUAUUGAUGACCUCAUUGGCGGGGAGGGGGUGGAGUUUUUCAAUCUCAACAUACCCUCGCCUACCCAGCCCGGAGUCAACGUCGGUCUGGAUAUCACCACUAUCAAUAUCAUCGAUGAUGACGUUGUGACGGUGGUGAUGGUGAGACCGACUCAGCCAGUACCAGAGGUUAGUGGCGAAGCUACCGUCUGUGCCCGCAAAGACAUUGCCACUGCCGGGCCUGUAGACGCCAUCAUUACCACUUCACCCGGCAAAGCUGCAGAUGGAUCUGACUAUGUUGGUGGCUCAUACACUGUCACAUUUGGACCGGAGCCAAAUGCCAUUGCGUGUGCUACCAUUGGUAUAGUGGUGGACGGCGUGUUUGAGGACAUUGAGAAUUUCGACACAAACCUCUUGCCUCCAGGCACAGGAAACGUGGUGGUUGGACCUCAAGACACUACCAUAGUCCUCAUUGAUGAUCUAGGAGAUGAUGUAGUGAAUGACACUCUGAUUGGAGACCCGCUACUGACUGUUCCUCUACCUGAAAAUAGUCUGGUAGCCGUGCCAGGAGUGCGUGAAGCCUCGCUGUGCUACGAGGUCCAUGGAAAAGACGAUGCUUGGUUUAACGUACUCUCAGACGGCUGCGUGUCUGUCAACGCUCACUACUUCCGAUUCGACGACAACUUUAACUUUGUCGACAAGAUUGCCAUCCGAGCGGUGGACGAGAGGGGUAACUGCAAGAAUAUCUUGAUUGAUCUCAACGGGUGCAGCACUAGUAUCGACGGGACCGUUGUACAAGCAACUGCUCCGUAUUGCACAGAUGGUGUGUUUGUUCGGCCCAGCAGGCAGGCUAACAGGGUGAGAGUCAGUGUCCCGAAUUGCAACGAGACGUCCAAUCUUGUAAUGUGGACAAUCUGCCAGCGAAACACUCUGAUGGAUCCGUUUGACAUGAUGCGAACCUACACUGUGGACAUGUUAAAGUUUGUCAUUGCCCGUGGUUCUAGCCUAGGAGCCAGCUCACACGGAAUAAUUGGUCAGUUCUGGAAUAUUCCAAUCAGUCUGAGUAUCUACAGUGGCGAGGCAGCUGAUGCAGAGUACGGUCAGCGCUACAUGAUCCAGGUCAACCACCCAGACAGCGAGCCUCGAAUCUUCACUGGUCUCCUCGCCGACUACUCCUGGGAACGAGACAGAUCCAGCUGUUUCUACGUCGGGAACCGUCAGGCCGGCACCAUCAUGGAAGUGCAGGAUCCAAACGACCCUGUGAUUGAGGGGUCGUACUCUGAUUACGAGACUGCCUCAGACUUCAGUACCGACUUCAAGUUUAGUCAUUUUGACGAGGGCAGGUGCUUGUGAGGUCAUGCAGCCGGUUUUUUCAGUUUUUCUACUGUGGCUGCUGCCGAGACAAUACGUUUUAUCAUACUAGCAUUAGACUAAAGUUUUAGCUUGCAUCAGUAUAAUACAUGUAUGAAAUAUGAACAAUUCAUGUUUAUUACCUCAGGACUUACAUUGGAGUCCAAUAAU